AUGGUCGGCGGUCCGCCGUUGGCUUUGGCCCUAUUGGCCAUAUUAGCGACGCUAUGUCAAUCAAAAAUACAUGUAAGUUCUACUACAAGCCUUAUAUUUGGGAUUAGGUACUCUGUAAAUGAGAUUGAAACUUUUUGCCUAUCAAUAAAACGAAUAUGCUUUAUGUUUUAAUGACAUUAAAUCAUCGCUUUCCGAAAUAAUUUUAUUACGCAAAACAUGCUAAUAAAAGCCAUUCCAGUCAGUGUCAGCGUCAAUUGACAAGAAAGAAAAUGUCCAUCACAACUUUAUUCCCAUGGUUGCAUUCAAAUGCGGCUACAGGAACAAGUACCUCAACGAGAGCGGAGAAUGGCAAUCUGACCCAUCCAGUGUUGCCACUUGCCUGCAAGGCAAAUUGGACAUCUUAAAAUACUGUAAACGAGUGAGUAUUGCAUCAGAAAUUUCUCAAUAUUUACCUACUGCUUAGUAAUGGUUUGUUUGCAGGUGUAUCCGGACAAAAAGAUCACAAAUAUUGUGGAGUACGGACACAUCUCGCAGAUCCCACGCUGGUGCGACGAAGACACCGGAAGGCAUUGUCAGAAGAGCUUCUACAUCCGGCCUUAUCGGUGUUUGGGUAGGUUCCAUGACAUCCUUAUAUUACCAUAACAAUUUCGCUGUCUUUUUUUUUGUUUUGUGUCUAAUUUUUUGUUUGAAACGUAAUUUUUGCAAUUUGUAGAAGGCGAGUUCACUGCUGACAGUCUUCAAGUUCCCAGCCGCUGCAAGUUUGGCCAUGUUUCUGGCCGUGAAACUUGCGAAGAUUUCCGCCAAUGGCGACAAAAGGGCGAGAAACAAUGCGAAACCUCGGUUGAUGAGAAGACCGACAAGCCCAUGAAACUCCAUUCUUUCGGCCUUCUGGAGCCAUGUGGUCUCAGCCUUUUCCGUGGAGUUGAAUAUGUUUGCUGUCCCAAGGACGUUGAAGACAAAUACGUCGAAUCUCACAUUGAAGAAGACAUCCAAUCCUACAACUUGGAUGACGAUGAAGAAGAUGAGGACGACGACGAUGACGAUGAUGAAGAUGAUGAGGAAACCAGCAACUCCGAAACCAAGGACGUCGACGGACAGGAUCCCUACUACAAUGAGGAUCCCGAAGCCGACGAACACGAGCGUUAUAAGGACGCUCAGGAACGACUUGAAAAGAAACACCGCGGCAAGGUGACCAAGGUGAUUAAUGAGUGGAGCCAGCUGUUCGAGCGGUACAAUACGAUGAAGGAGAAGGAUCCAAACCAGGCCGAAAAGUUCAAGGACGAAAUGACCAACAAGUUCAGAAAGACGGUUGCUGCUUUGGAGAAUGAGAACAAGGAUCAGCGAAGACAAUUGGAGCAAGUUCACGACGAGAGAGUCCAGAACACUCUGAAUGAGAGGAAGAGAAAGGCUACGCAUGACUAUCGCAUGGCCCUGGCAUUGCAAGUCGGUCACAAGAAUAAGAAACAGGUCCUCAAAACGCUUAAAGAUUACAUCCGAGCUGAAGAGAAAGACCGCGCUUACAUGCUCCAUCGUUAUCGUCACCUUCUCCGCUCCAACUCUGAAAGCGCGCAAGCUUACGAACCAAUGCUUCUCCAUCGUCUUCGCUACAUUGAUCUCCGCAUCAAUGGAACUUUGGCCAUGCUCAGAGACUUCCCAGAUCUGGAGCGACAACUCCGCCCAAUUGCGGAGGAAUUCUGGAGAGAAUACCGAAAGGAGAACACUCCAGAUGCCGAGGAACACAAGAUUGUCGACUCGCCAGCGGCUGACGCUAAUGAGAAAUUGAUCAAAUUCUAUAAGGAAACUUAUGACAAGAGCGGAAAGGUCAAGGUAUCCAGUGUUUUGGACUCGGUUAUGAAGGAGAACGAGCACAAGCCUGAACAUAAGACCAAGUUCAUCUCGUUGGACGAGAUUCUUGCUUCUGACAAGAGGAAGGAAAAGAAAGAAGAGGUCAAGAAGUUGACCAAGGAAAAGGAUGCCGACUUUGACUCGGAUGAAGAUCAAUUUGAGGAAGACGAUGAGGCUGAAAGUGAAGCCAAGAGUAAGGUUAAGUCUGAUGAAUUUGAAAUCAUCAAAGAGCCUAUUGUUCAAGAGAAGCCCAAGGAGAAGACCGAGGUUGCUAAGAAGUUGGAUGACUCCGAUGAGAAUGGUGAUGAUGAAGACGAGGAAGAUGAGGAUGACGAGAACGACAUCAACGAGGAAGAGAGUCAUAUUGUUGUAAACAAUGAGGAUCUCUAUGUGAGGAAAGAAGUUGGACCUUCUUUCAUUAAGCUGGAUCAGCUGAUGGUUGAUUACGUAAGUUUAGAAUUUUUUUUAGGGUUAAACUGUCAAAAAACAACAAUUUUUCGAUCCUGGAUAUAAAGAUGGGAAUUAAAGUUCUUGACUUUCUUUUUUACUUUUGUGUCGAUAGAAAUAAAUCAACUCAAAGCGCCAAGUAAAUAUGAAUUUACCUCUUCCUUUUCAGUCCCAUCAACCUCUCGAGCAAUCGACCAGUUGGACCACCCCCACCACUCUCAUCGUCCUCGCCACCGUCGUGAUGUGCGCCUUAGGCAUUGUGGGCAUUGUCCUCAAGCACAGGCCGUCCCGUCAAGGCUUCGUCGAAGUGGAUGUCUGCAAUCCCGACGAUGCGCACGCGGCGAAAAUGCAGAUCAACGGCUACGAGAAUCCCACCUACAACUUCUACGAUCAAAAACCUUGA